AUGACAGUUUGUUUUCCGGGUACCUAUGGCCAGAAUAGCGAGGAUAAGUGUCCCGAUGGAACAUAUGGUUAUUUAUGUCGACAGAAAUGCAAAUGCAACCCAAAUGUAAUCUGUGACAAAAGAUUCGGUUGUGUUGACCAAGAAUGUCCACCUGGGUCAUUUGGGGAAAACUGUUCAGAAGAGUGUCCAUCGGGAUUUUAUGGUACCUUUUGUGAGGAAAAAUGCACAUAUGGUGACUUCUGUGAUAAGCGAAAUGGCUGUCUUGGAACACAUUUUCCUGACUGUACCUGCCUUCCUUUCUUCCCCACAGUAUUUUACAUGAUCUUGGCAAUAUCAGUGGAAGCAAUAGUCAUCUUCAUCCUGAUUAGUACAACUAUCUUUUUUGCCAGGUCAAGGGCUCACAGUUGGAGUAUAUAUUCUUCUCCUCUUCCGGCAAAUACUAUAUCUCUAGAAACACAACAAGAGGAGGAUUAUACCUCAUUAACAGAAAGACUUCAUCUUCCUUGCUGCGAAAUGAAUAAAAGAUAAAAUAAUUAAGAUUUUACUCAACAAUGUAUAACUUUGCAACAAAAUAAAAAAA